AUGGUGUACGCGUACGGCCUCGGACGUGUCACCCGCAACGAACUUAUGACACUGGAGCAAAUGAUCGGCAUGCGAGACGCUCACAUAAGUCUCAGACAUGAACCUGGGACACCGUGGGCUCCGUACCUUCAAUUUUUCCAUGACAAGCAUGGCUGGUCUCCAAACCGCCCACUGAUUGAUCUCUUCGGGCAGAGGAUGAGGGAUGAUGGGGCGUUUUUCUGGAUGAACUGGUACCCGGGUAUGAAUGAUGACUGGCGCCCGGGACCAGGAUAUAGACCGCCGGUGCAGGGUCAGGUAUGGGAAAUGGACACAAGAGUGAUAAGGUAUGGGCAAUAG